UGACGUGUAAGGACCGGACAGAGGAAGUUUGUGUGUGUAUGUUUGGGUGUGUGUGUGUGUGAGUGUGUGUGAGUGUGAGAGGUGCUUGGACGGAGGGAAAGUUUUUUUUCUUUCCCUGGAUCGGACAGGACUGGGUUGGGAAUACAGUGAGAACCCUGUGAGAGCUUUGUUUCCGCUGUGCUGUGAGCGCGUGAAUGCGCGUUUCCGGGCGGCGGCAGUGGUGGCGGCGCGAGUCGGAUCUUCUCUCUGCCCGGUUUGGUGUGUGUCUGCUUGGCUGACAUGGGGAAGGAGCAAGAGCUGCUGGAGGCGGCACGCACCGGGAAUGUGGCCGCCGUGGAGAAGCUGCUGAGCGGCAAGAGAGCGACGUCCGGUGGCGGCGGAGGAAUAGGAGGAGGAUUUGGAGGUGGAGGUGGUGGAGGAGGCGCGGGACACGGCUCGAGCGGCGGCGUACACAGCGCGAGCGCUCACGCGCUCUCCAGCUUACUCAGUAUUUGGAGGGUCCCUAAUGUGAACUGUGUGGACAGUAAUGGAUACACACCUCUCCACCACGCAGCGCUGAACGGACACAGUGAGGUGGUGGAGUUGUUGUUGAAGAGCGAUGCUGUCACUAACGUAGCGGAUAAUAAGGGCUGUUAUCCGCUUCAUCUCGCUGCGUGGAAAGGAGAUCAGCGCAUCGUCCGGCUGCUCAUCCACAAGGGGACGUCAUAUCCCAAACUCAACGAACAGACUCUAGACCACAGAGAAUUCAAACGCUGUGGCCCGUUUGACCCCUAUAUUAAUGCCAAGAACAAUGAUAACGAGACCGCUCUGCACUGUGCGGCGCAGUACGGACACUCUGACGUGGUGCGUGUGUUGUUAGAGGAACUGACCGACCCCACCAUGAGGAACAACCGCUUCGAGACUCCACUGGACCUUGCUGCGCUCUAUGGUCGCCUCGAGGUCGUCAAGUUGCUGCUGUGUGCUCACCCAAACCUUCUCCACACACACACACACACUUUCGCACACACACCGCUUCACCUCGCCGCACGCAACGGACACCUGCCUGUUGUAGAGGUGCUGCUCAGUGCCGGAAUGGACAUCAACUUCCAGACGGAGAAAGGCAGUGCCCUUCAUGAAGCUGCUCUCUUUGGGAAGACAGAAGUGGUACAGAAGCUGCUCAGUGCAGGUAUCAACGCGAACAUCGUGGACAACAAGAACCGCACGGCGCUGGACAUUGUAAAGGAAAUGCCGUCUCAGAAAAGCCGCCAGAUCGCUGCUCUCAUCCAGGCUCAUACGAGCGGUCAGCCUCCUGAUCUCCCGCCUCCUUCAGCACCGCCUCCCCAGGAGAACCUAAGAAGGGUUCAAGAUGUGUGUGUAGAUGUGUGUGAGGAGAGCCCAUAUGAAGCGCUGUUUGAAGCCUCAUCAUGUCACUCGUUGGACAGUUUGGCCAGCGGGAAAUCGUCCGACCGAGACUCAGGAAGACCAGAGAGUGAAGCGGGCAGGUCAUUUGUGAAGGACCGGCCUCCACCUCCGUCCCACUCUGGAGGAGCAGCGCACGAGGAAGAGCUCAGUUCCGAGGCGGUCUACACCAGCAGUAGUUUGGAUGAGAGACUGGAAGAAGAUGAGGAUCAUACAUAUGAAACUCUGCACACAGCACGGACCAAACUCCCCACUGACACGCAAUCGGAUAAGGAUUCUUCUGCCAAGUCUUCUAACAACCUCUUACCUCAGCAGCGGAAGACCACCACACCUGGUGACGUUCGACCUCCAGGCUCAAACACACACACACUGAAGCCUCCUGGCAGCACCCUUCCAUCUGGAGAGAGCUCAUCUGUGCCCGAGCAGUUCACCGGUCUUCUUCACGGAUCAUCGCCUGUCGUCGACACUCGGGAAGGAGUGGAGCCUUCGCGGUUGCCCUCUGAUCCCGCGGCCCCUAAGUGCCUGCCGUCGGUUUCCAUGGCAACCAUCCGGACUGACCCGGACCCCAAGGCCAUCUACGCUACUGUGAACAAAGAGCCACGUGACUCGCCGAACCGGAACCGUCCCGGAGACCUGAAGCUCUCCCGCAGCCUGUCCAAGUCUGACUCGGAUCUGCUGUCGACUCCGCCCACUGAAGAGGAGGUGGGGCUGUGCGGCCGCAGCGAAUCGGUGUCCAACUGCAGCGUGCCCAAGAGGGGGAUGGAGAAAUCGCCGUCGUUCACGUCAGAGUGGGACGAGCAGAGACAGAGGCGGUACUCGUCCGAUUGCCGGAGACUCUCGUCCUCCCACAACAUCGAGAAGAUCAUGACGCUAAUCGGAGCGGGGAUCGACUUCUCUAAAGAGCAGGAGAGCGGCUUAAGAGUGGCGGGGUUGAUCUCGGAUCAGUCAGUGGGUGACUGGCUGGAGCGUGCGGGCCUGCCGCAGUACGAGAGUAAACUGCUUCUAAACGGCUUCGACGAUCUGAGAUUCAUGGGGAGUAAUGUGAUGGAGGAACAGGAUCUGAAGGAGAUCGGGGUCACAGAUGCGACUCACAGGAGGAAACUGCUGAACGCUGCUCGCACACUACCCAAGGUUAAAGGCUGUGAGAGCAGUGUGUCUCUCUCCUCUUGGUUGGACUCGUUGGGUCUGAGUGAAUAUCUGCACAACUUCCUGCAAAGCGGAUACAACACACUCGAGGCAGUGAGGAACCUGUGGGAGCUCGAGAUAGUAAAUGUGCUGAAGAUCACCUUGUUGGGUCACAGGAAGCGAAUUAUCGCAUCAUUAACUGAGCGACUGUAUGACGAGCCACCAGUGAAACCACCUCGACUCUCUCAGAUCAGAUGUCCUGAUCUGAUGCUUCAGGCUUCAUCAUCUACUCUGGGUCUCCCAGACUCGUACAUGCAACACUCAAUGGAUCCUGCAGGGGAUUCUGGGAGGACAAAGGGGGCGGAGUCAGACUAUGACCUGUCAAACAGAUCCAGAGCACAGGAGAGGUAUGAGGACCAGCAUGCUGAGUCGAGGUUGACCCUGCGCCCCCCCAGUCAGGCAGCUCCAUGUGCACCUGUGCAGAACUGGCAUCACAAACCAGAGAAACUCAUAUUCGAGUCCUGCGGCUACGAGGCUAAUUAUUUAGGUUCCAUGCUCAUUAAGGACCUGAGAGGAACCGAGUCCACACAAGACGCCUGCGCUAAGAUGAGGAGAUCUACAGAGCAGAUGAGGAAGGUUCCUACUAUCGUCCUUUCCAUCACAUAUAAAGGAGUCAAGUUCAUCGACGCGGCUAAUAAGAACAUCAUAGCAGAACAUGAGAUCAGGAACAUCUCUUGUGCGGCUCAGGAUCCAGAGGAUUUGUGUACGUUCGCGUACAUCACCAAAGACCUGCAGACCGACCACCAUUACUGUCAUGUCUUCAGUACGGUGGAUGUGAAUCUGACCUAUGAGAUCAUCCUGACUCUGGGACAGGCGUUUGAAGUAGCCUAUCAGCUGGCUCUCCAGGCUCAGAGGACCAAUCAGAAGCAGAAGCAAAGUUUAGCAGUAGGGACGGAGUCUGAGAUCAACACCAAGAGUAGCAGACCAGUGCCUAAACCGCGUGGAGGGGCACAAAAGCCGGGGGUUGUGGAGUCUGCAGAUGACCCUUCAUGGCUUGUGGAGCCCAAAGACCCCAAACACACUGUCAGCACCCCCAACUGAACAUGAUGCCAAACCACACAGGACCAGUAGCAUGACUCUGACUGUUCACCUUACACAUCACCACUGUGAUCUCUGUGUGUGUGUGUGUGUGUGUGUGUGUGUGUGUGUGUGUGUGUGUGUGUGUGUGUGUGUGUGUGUGUGUGUGUGUGCGUGCAUGUGCGCGCGCGCGCGCGUCUAAAAAGGCAGAUUUACACUACAUUCAUCACACACAUUGUCAUGUUUUCUUUCGUUAUCCUUCCAUCGGUCAUCCAACAGCGUUAUUAUGGAUCAGUGUAUAAUUUUGCAAAUUUCUCUCUCUUUCUGUCUCACACACACACACACACACACACACACACAAAAACAAUGGGCACCUUCAUCUCCUUCUGCUACACUGGAUGAUUGACACUGUGGACGUGUCCCAAUCCACUCAACCCAAGUGAGGUCCUCACACGCUGGACACUAACCUCGUACACUGUAUAUUUCAUUCAGAUGGCGUUAAGUGUCAUGUUGUUUUAACGACUAACCCCCUGAUACUGACUCUACUAGUGCACUCGGUGUAGGACUCCCCCUGCAGUCUGACUAGUGCACUCAGACUGUAGGACAUGACUAUAUACCUGGGCUGAGUGGAAGUUUUUACUGGAUGUUUUAACGGUACGAGACUUUUAAUCCGACUCGUACUCACCUAAUGGAGUUCUCACCGUGUUAGUUGACCAAUCCCAAGCCCCGCCCACGAAGUAAUCACUUUAUGCAGCUACCACGACGUUUCAAAAGCCGACCAUGAGGCCUUCAGGACACGUGUCAAGGAAACGGUAUCAGAUUACUUAAAAAAAUAAAUAAAUAAAAUAAAAAAUGCAUUAGAACGUUCGUCAUAUAUCGAAAUAUAGCUGCAUCUUUUGAGAUAAUAUAUGGAGAAGCGGCGUUGAUUUGGCGUGACUAUGGGUUCGAAACGUGGGCGUGUCUUCAAGUUUAGAGGAAGUUGUUUAUUGGUCUUCAUAUACAUGCUAGCCAGCUAGCUUACAACAAUUAAUCACGUUUUCACAGAAGCCCGCUCCCAUGAUGGAGGGGGAAACAUUUUAAAAGGUGAUGCUGACUUCAUAUCUCACAAUUCAGAUUUUUUUUAUUUUAUUUUUUAAUUUUUUUAUUAAAGACAUCCACUUGACAUUGAGCGAGUUAUGAAGAAUGCACCGACAAAGCAUCGAUCGUUCUCUAUAAACAGGCUACAUGCCAGUCCCUCCAGGAUUUUGCGAACACAGAAAUGAACACAAUAUCGAACAAUUUUUUUUUUUUUUUCUUUCAAAAUUACCGCAAAUUUCCUGCAGAUUUGGGCCAGGACACGUCAUGUGACGUCAUCACAGCACGCGUUCGGUCAGAGCCGCUUUCGAUUCACGUGCGUGGAACACGAGUACAGCUAAACGGUCUCGCUUGGCAACACACAUCACUGCGAAAGAGCGUGCGAGACGGUUCCGUGCAACCGAACUGAGAUUUCACCAAUUCGAGUGGUUUUCCGGGGGGGGGGAAACGCACAGAAAUCUUAAAAAGAAGUAAAAAUUGUGCAAUAUGAACUCACAGUUGUGGGGAGAAACGCACACAUCAGAAUUGCGAGAUGUUCGCGCACAGUUGAGAGGGAUACGGUCCGAUUUGUGAGAUUUAAACUCGCAGUUGCGGGAAAUAAAGUCAGAAUUGCAGGAUAUAAAAUAAAGUCGCAAUUAUACCUUUAUUUAUUGUUUUUUUUUCUCCGUGGUGCAGACGGGCUUCUGGCGAUUUUUCUUUCCUCCCCAGAGUUGGUAAUCUUUAGCAAUUACAAAUGAUUUUUAAUGCAGUAAAGAAUUAACGGUACUUUUUGCUUCUCUUCAUGUGUUAUAAAUUUGUAUAAAGUUUCGUUUUUUUUUGUUGUUGUUUUUUUUUUUUUUAAACCAACUUGUGAGUAGCAGGGCUUGCUGAACAAGUCGGAGAAAAUGCUGUAAUUGGUGUGUGUGUGUGUGUGUAUGGAAGAUGCUAAAUCUAGAACAGUGCGGUACUUUACACAUCUAGUCUUAGUUUACAGAAAAAGACAUUUAUUUUAGGGUUUUAAAUCGGAUGGUGUCGGUACAGUGCUGAACAGGCAGGACAGCCCUAAACUAACAACGCUAACGUCAGCACUCCUGUUUUUUUUUCCUUUCUUCUUUUUCUUUUUUUUGCGAGUAUUUUUAAUGAUUCUGAGAGAUUUUUUUUGUUAAAGAUGUGAACAAUAAUAGACUGUAAAGUAAUCAGUGUGUAUUUUGAUACUUGAAUAUGAUUCUGCUUUUAUAGCUGCCUCUCUCUCUCUCUCUCUCUCUCUCUCUCUCUCUCUCUCUCUCUCUCUCUCUCUGUAUGUAUAUGUAUGUACUGUAUGUAUGUAAGGAUUAUUUUUCUUCCAUUAAUUCUGCUCAUGUUGUUUUUUUUUUUUAUGCUCAAUGUAUCAGGGUGUGUGUGUGUGCGCGCGCGCGCGUGAUAAGACCGAGUGAAUCCUCACUACAGCAUGAAAAUGAGCGAGUGUAAAUAAUCCUGGGCUUCCGGUCUUUCUUUUUAUUAUUGAUUGAUUAUUAUUAAUAUUAAUAUUAUUAUUAUUAUUAUUAUUUUUCAUAAUCUGUAUAUCUAAUAAAUAAAUGAAAUCUUCAUUUACCCGAAA